AUGGCGCACGAGUCCGUCCACACCCUCGUGUGCACCCCGCGCCAUCUUGCGCCACGAGUCAGCCGCCCCUUCGGGAAACUACGAGAUCCUGCAGCUGCGCAGGCCACGGAGACUAGUGCCCUGAUCAGGGUCAGGGAGUGUGAAUCAAACAAGGGCAUUGGCCAAUGGGAUCCCCCGGAUCAUUUGCCCGGCCGCGCCGCAACGUCCGGCACCCCACCCCCGUACCCGAGGAAGAGUUCACGGAGACGGAGGACACUCCCCGGCUCCCCCUUUGCUCUGGCGCAGCUGCAGCCUGCAGGGGGGAGGCCUUUUCCCAGCUGCAGCAGCUCUGCGACCGACGCGUGCCCACCCGUGGGUGCACGAGCAGACCGCCGGUCCCCGGUGGAUGCUGCCGCGCACCGGCAGAAACGGUUCGGGGACUGGCACCUGGCGGCUGGUGCGGAGCAGCCCGCCGGUCAGUCGGCGACAAGGCCCGAGGAAUUCAAACCUGCACUGCACGGGCAGCAGACAGCGUCCGCGGCUGCCUCCCGGACCCUGGCAGUGCCCGCCCCGCCGGCGUCGCCGGGGGUCAUCCUCGGGAGCAUCCCACGCGUCGCGCAGGACGGCGGCGGCGCCGGCGAGGCCGACGUGUCCCUGGCGCUCGCCGCGCCACCGCGCGUGUCGCGCCUGACCGUCUCCGGGCGCGUCUUCCCGGGCCGCCCCACGCUGCAGAGCUUCCCGUUCGUGCUCGCCGCGGACCGCUCGGGCCUGCUCCUCCUCUCGGCCAUCCUCACCACCCCGCUGCGGCGGGUCGUCGUCGAUCGCCCGGGCAUGCACUCGGUCCACUGGGAGGACACCGACCUGCGCUACUACGUCCUCGACGCCGCCACGGGCGCCGCGUCCCUCCUCCCCAACCCCGCCCCGCAGGAGCCCAUCGAGCAACAGGCGCUCGUUGGCGUGCUCCCCAGCCCCGGCGGCGGCGGCGGCGGCGGCUUCAUGGUCGCCGAGCUCCUGCCGCUCAUCGGCAGCGACACGGCCAACCUCCGCUGCUACUCCUCCGACGUCGGCGAGUGGGUCGACAAGUGCGUGCGCUACCCGCUCCCGCCGCGGCCACUGGAGCAUUUUGGCUCCGUCUCCCACCAGGGCAGGCUCUGGUGGGUCGACUACCCCUGGGGCAUCAUCACCGCCGACCCCUUCGCCGAUCACCCCGUGCUCCGGUUCGUCCCGCUCCCCCGGGCCUGCGUGCUCAAGAGCAGGGAGGCCUGGGGCCUGCUCGACCAGUUCCGCUACGUCGGGGUCAGCGCCGGCAAGCUGCGCUUCGUCGACACCUACCGCCGCGGACACGCCCCGGACAAGGGCCAGGCCAAGGUCACCGUCUGGACCCUCCCCGACCGCGACGCCACGGAGUGGAAGCUGGAGCACGAGGCCAACUUCGCCGACAUCUGGGCCGACGACUCCUACGAGGCCACUGGCCUCCCCAAGAAGCCCCCCGUGCUAGCGCUCAUCCACCCCCAUAACCCCGCCGUCGUCUACUUCUUCCUCGAGGGCCACCUCUUCGCCGUCGACGUGCCCGCCCGCAAGGUUGUCGAGUGCGACCGCUACCACCUGGUGGCGCCUCCCAGCAGCUACCCCAUCGCCAAUCGUUUCAUCCGCGCUUGGGAGCUGCCGCCAUCGGUCUCCUCUGAUCCGGGGAAUUGGUCGGCUGACAUUAGCUCGUCUGAACCAAGUCAAGCACCACCAUCCCGGCCAAGGCCCGGGGAUUACCACUUGGUUGGUAACACCCGACAAACAUUCAUAGGAUGA